AUGUCUUCUCAACCUCUCGCUCUCGUCACCGGCUCAACACAAGGCAUCGGACUAGCCGUAGCCCAAAUCCUCGCCCGCAAGCACUCCUACCACGUCCUCCUGGGCGUGAGAAACGUCCAAAACGGCGAAAAAUUUGCGUCUGAACUCCGAGAAGCCGGACACCAAGCAUCUGUUGUGGAACUCAAUCUCAGUUCUGAGCAAUCUGUGCUGAAUGCCGUUGCAACCAUCCAACACGACUACGGCUACCUCGACGUCCUUGUGAAUAACGCCGCCAUCUUGUUUGACCGCGAUGAGUCCCUAAGUAAAUGGGACUUGUACACUACAACAUUCACAACCAACGUCAUUGGACCCGGCGUCCUGACCGAAGGUCUUGUCCCUCUCCUGCGCAAAGCCAAGUGUGGACCGCCGCGAAUCGUUUUUGUGAGCAGCAUCAUGGGAAGUAUGCACAUGUCGUUGGACAAAACUACAAUGUGGUAUAAUAUCGACUAUAAGGUGUAUGAUGCUAGCAAGGCGGCUGUCAAUAUGCUUGGUAUCAACUUUUCUCGCGUGUUGGAUGAUGUGGGUGGCAAGGUCAACGUAGCGUGUCCUGGGUAUAUCAAUACGAAUUUGACUUGGUUUGAUGAGAAGGGAGAGAGUACGGAGGCUGGUGCUACGAGGAUUGUUGAGCUGGCUACGGUUGGGGAAGAUGGACCGACGGCGACGUUUUCGAAUAGACAGGGUGUUUUGCCGUGGUGA